UUCCCUCUGAAGCCAUUCACACUCAGAAGCUAAACCCUAAUAAACUGAUAAAAAAAAGCUGAAGUUUUUAUCUCUUUCAGAGCUUCACUGAGGAAAAAUGGUUGCAGGUUCGAUCAGCCGAGAGAAUGUGUCGCGUGUUUCGCUGGAUAGAAUAUGGAAAGGAGGCGUUCUUGAUUCCCAUAAUCUGCUUCCAAAGAUUUUGCCUGAUUUCAUUUCUAGUGUUGAGCUUUCUGAAGGCGAUGGGGGACCUGGUACUCUCAAAAAGAUUAUUUUUACUGAUGCUGUGAAAGAAUUUCGCUCUAUUAAAGAGAAGAACGAGGUACUGGACAGUGAAAAUCACAUAGUAAAGCAUUCUGUCAUUGAAGGAGGGCUUAUUGGCCUCAGGCUAAAAUCCUACUCAUUUGAGCUAAAAUUUGAAGUUAUAAACAACUCUGAAACUUUGGGCAAGCUCAAGAUAGAAUAUGAAACCAUAGAUGACACCCCGCUUAAUGAUGAAGAGCAAGAAGAAAUCUCCAAAAGCUUUUUUUUGAUUGUCAAGGCUAUUGAUGAAUAUUUGACCAACAAUCCAACUGCUUAUGCCUAAAUAAUAGGCCAUGGGGUGAUGCUCAAUGUUAAUCUUAUUAUGUGCUUGUUUGUGGCAUGUUUUCUUGGUUUAGGAGAGCUUCUUGUUCCCUUAAAAUAUUAGAUAAGAGAGUUUCUUGUGUCAUUUCAAGAGAGAAGAAUGUACUUCAUGUGGUUUGUCAUCUUUUGUUUGUGUCCAAGCAUUUGUUGAAUGAUAAAAGUC